AUGGCAGAAAAUUUUCAAUUUGAUGCCAAAAUGGUGCUUCGAAUUUUACGAGUGAAAGGUACAGUUAUUUUAGCUGUUGUUACGGGAAUUCUAUUUUUGUUGACACUGUAUAGUCAUGGUUCAAAUAUUCGCUAUAAACUUGAGUUACUGAUUAUGCGACAGUCUAUGUUUUGGGGAGAACUAAGGAAGAAACUAAAGCAAUGCGAAGUGGAAGUCAUUCCAAAGCAAGAAUCCCUGAUUCUACCGUUGUAUAAUAGCAAAGAGUACAAGUAUGCGAUUAUCCCAAAACGACCAGUUUCGCCUAAAAGUAGAUGUUUGGCUGUAGUGAUAGGAAUGGACGGUGAAAUUGGCUCUGAAGCAAAGCUUCAAAAUUAUUAUUCGGAUGCAUGCGAAAUUUUUGGGGUAGACCCUGUUGCUAGCCCAAACAGAGGUCUUUUAGAACUUAUUGGUGGUAAGUUUACCCAUGCUACAAUACGGAUGACCAAUAAUGUGACGACAGAUUCUACUUUGAAAAAAAUGGAGAAUAAUACGCCGAAAAUUCCACAUAUAAACUUGAAGCAGUUCCUAGUAGAAACUGUAGGCGUAAAAAAAAUUCUUGAUUGGCUGUCUAUUGAUUUUGGUAGCGAAGAGAUCAAUCCGUUUCCAAUCUUUUUAAAAGGCGGUGUUUUCGACAGUCUCGAUGUGGACGUCUGUCAAUGGAAUGGUAGAGUCCAUCUUAAACAAACGGGACCUGAAGGAGAAAAAGCGUUUCUCAAUUUUCUUAAAGCAUCUAUUAGAAUUAAAAGAUACAUUUUUAUGAAUUUGAAACUUCAACCUGAAGGUGUAGUCACAUUCUAUGCUAUAAACAUAGAGAGCCAGCGAUGUAUACAGCGAUAUUGGUAA